GUUUGUUUUGUUUCAGCAUGUUUGUACACUCGAUCAUAUGACCAUUAGAUGUUGUGUUAUAUUUAUUCGGGAUGCUUAUAAAAUGUGAUGAUAAAAUAAGUGUCUGAACAUUUAUUAGUAAUGAUUUUCAUAAUGAAGUCAUGAACAUUACAUGAGGUAACAUAGCAGUGAAAUACUGUAGAUAUACAUAAGCUGACAACUAUGGCUUCAAAACCUAAAGGAAAAGACACAUCAAAAGAUAAAGACAAGGCGAGAAGGCCAAGGAAAUCAGACAAGGGUGACACUUUUGGCACCCGUGGAUCUCCAAGUAGUUCGUCACUAAAAUUUAUUAUUAUGAAUACGGGCGGAAAGAACACUGGAGAGAAACCGACAGAGAGAAGAAAACAAGCAAUUUAUGACGUCAUCUCCAAAUCAAGAGCAAGUUUAGUUUUAUUGCAAGAGUUUGGAUGGACCAGUAUCCGUAGUAGAGCUUGGAAUGAAUUUGAAUGGCCAGAUAAUUUACAAUAUACAGGACAUAAAGACGCAAGCAUUAUUUUUGACAUAAAUGAAGUUGUAGUAAUGCAAUAUUCACAAAGGUUGUUAGAAAGCACACUUGAGGAACUUAUUCGGAUCGGUAAAAUUCAACAAGGCUUUACGCCAAUCCCAAGAAUGUGUCUUCUUAAUGUUAAAACAAAAGGAGUUCCGAUUGUCGAGUUCAUCAAUGUUUCUUGGCAUGGAAGACAUAAUAAAGCAAAAUUAGAGGACUUGAAAGCAGAAUUUAAACAGCUUUUGGAAUAUAUCCUUAAACUGUCAGAGAAAGAAGCGCUACCCUUUGUCAUAGCCGGGGAUUUCAAUGUGAAGAUAAAAGAUAUCGAAAAACUUAUACCGUCUACUCUAGCUCUGCACAGAUACACACCGACUAAAAGAAGAGACGAAGAAAGCGUGAUUGACUUCUACAUUUCUUCCAAAUCUUUAUCUAUGUCAAACAUCAAAACAUUAGACUUAAAGACUGAGACGAAAGUAGAUGGUGUACUUUCUCUUUUUGACCAUGAUCCAGUCAUGGCUUCGUUGACAACCGCAUAAAAUUCUCUUUUUGACCAUGAUCCAGUCGUGGCUUCGUUGACAACCGCAUACAAUUAAUCAAAAUCUUCCAAGCAAACUUUACGAAAACGCUCAUAAUCAGUAUUGUUUGUUAUGAUGGUCAAGAUUUUAUAUAUGUUUAAUUUUACCUCAGUAUUAUCGUAUACCUAAGCUUAUUAUGUAUGUUCUCCACAGGGAUAAUCAGGGAUAUUUGUUAUAUGGUACUAUGAAUGAUUUGUUAGAUUAAAUGUAACUUAUAAUGUUAAAUAUAUAAUCACAUUUAUAAAACAAAUCUAUAUUUGACAGAAUGUGAUAGUUGAAUAUUUUGUUAAAAAUUGUUGAAUUUAUAUUAAAUUGUUAUUUUGCAUUAAA